CGCGGCACGGAGCCGCUCUCUGAUUGGCUGCUGACUCUCCAUUCAGCAGCUCCUCGCGCCGCAUCAUCGCAGCGUGUCCGCGUGAAUCUGCGCGUGCGUCGCGUAGAAAGACUCGGUUCGGCUGUAGUAGAGCUGCUGGUUCUGAUCUCGUUCGGAUUGCGUUCCGGUCCAGAGGAAUCGUUUUGGGUUUUGUUCUGCUGCCUCCAUCAGGUGCAGGGAGCGCGCAUCGGACCCGCCCAGCUGAGAUGGCAAAGGCAGACCAGCGUUACGGCCAACGGGAUGGCUCCGACCAGAACUUUGACUACAUGUUCAAGCUGCUGAUUAUUGGAAACAGCAGCGUUGGGAAGACAUCCUUCUUGUUCCGCUACGCCGACGACUCCUUCAGCAACUCCUUUGUCAGCACCGUUGGUAUCGACUUCAAGGUGAAGACGGUUUACCGCAAUGACAAGAGGAUCAAGCUGCAGAUCUGGGAUACUGCAGGGCAGGAACGAUAUCGUACCAUCACCACAGCUUACUACCGUGGGGCCAUGGGCUUCAUUCUCAUGUAUGACAUCACAAACGAGGAGUCGUUUAAUGCAGUCCAAGACUGGGCCACGCAGAUCAAGACGUACUCGUGGGACAAUGCUCAGGUGAUCAUGGUGGGCAACAAGUGUGACAUGGAUGAGGAGAGAGUCGUACCACCUGAGAAAGGAAAACACCUGGCUGACCAGCUAGGAUUUGAGUACUACGAGGCAAGCGCCAAGGAGAACAUCAAUGUGCGGCAGGUGUUUGAGCGCCUGGUAGACAUCAUCUGUGUAAAGAUGUCUGAACGAGUAGAUGUGGAGGCUCCAGCAGCUCCUGGCUUGAAGACCACCAGACUGACCGACAAGCCUGCCCAGCUACCUCAGAAAUGCUGCUGAUUAUCAGCCUAUCUAACACCUCUCCCCUCGUACCUUCCCCACCCAGAGCUGUAGGUAAAAGAAAUAAAUCAGAUAGUUCCUCCACCCCCGCUCUGCUUCAGUCCAUAAUUGUGAGCCGUCAGUAAUCACACCUGCUGACAUCCAUAAAACCCUUCCCUCCCUGUGAGGUCAGUAUAUCUGAGGCCGGCUGACUGCUGGCAGUCGACUCCACACCAACGUUAACGUGGCGUUCUUAUUACAGAGUCUGUGAAGGGAAGAGGCACAUCAGUCUGUUUGCUUUCCACUUGGUGACCCUUACUCUGUUGAUGACAGUCAUAAGCCUACAGUGCCACCUGCUGACCGUACAGUUGACUAACGCUUAGCGGCGUCUCCAUUCUUAUGUCAGCGGUAUGUGUUUCUACAUACAAGUUGGUGUUCAUGAAAGAUUCCUGGUUUUCUGUGUUGGUACCUCCAGAUUGUUGGUGUUUCCACUGAACUGAUAGCAAUGAAACACCCUGAUGUUUUACACCUUGCUGCAGCCAGAAUUUACUGCUGCACUUAAAGCCAUAGUUUGGACUGUGAUGUGAGGCUGGCAUUAGAAACCUUCUAUCACUUAAUGGCCCAUCAACCCAGUUAGAAUAAACUUAACUCCGGCAUUUUUGCUUUCAUUGCACGCGAAAGGAACAUCUUGAAGUAGGUACACAGAAAGUUGUGUAAGUUUAGUCAAAUAGAAAUACAAGAAAAUAUCAUGUCAUGAGAUGAGGAGUUACAGUCCCAGGAGAUCCAGGAAGUGGUUACUGCUCCUCCUGGUGGCUGAACAUAUGAUCUGAAUUCUGGACAACUGAUCCAACAGGUAGCAGAUUUAAUUGGACCCACAACAAUCUAAGACUCAAACCUGUGGGGCUUUCAUGUAAGUGUCUUUAGAGGAUCUACGAGUGUUUUCCAGGUCACCAAAACCCAUAAAAACCCAUGACAUUAACAUGAGUUUGCAUGUAAAUUUGAACAUGCCACGUUAGCAUGUUGCUGGAGUGCUUGCAGGGUAUCAGGAAGGCACAGCACUGCCUCUCACUGUCGAACCCGAGCUGAGCUUCAACAAGAGUCACCGGGCAAACUGACUUGAUAUUAAGAUGAGUCCCCUGGUGAACAACGACUCACUGACUACACGAGUCCCAUGCUAAACUAAGACUCGACAUUAAGAUUAAACUGCUGAACAAUAACCCAAUGUAAAUAAGAGUCAGUAAAUGAUUGACUGUUAACAUGAGCCAAACAAUGACUUGAUAGUAACACGAGUCACUUUCAGAACAAGACUCAUUAGCACGAGUCACCUGCCAACCGUAGACUCGCAUUGAUAAGAACAACCUGUUUUCUAAUUAGCAUCCAGAGUCCCUUCUUGUCAGAGGACAUAGAAUCAAGCUUAAAUCAUGACUAAUUACAUUUUGUUAGUUUAGUGCAGAUUAUUUAGAUCAACUCAGUCCAGACCAGAGGCAGUUAGACCGCUCUGGUUCAGACAGGUGUAGUCUGGAGUGGGCCAGAUCAUUCCAGUUAAUUCCAGCCCCAAACUGUCCAGUUUAGGAAAGUACAGUUCUGACCAGUUCAGCCAAAUCAGCCCAGUUCAGACUGGUCCAGUUCAGUCUAAACCUGUUAAUCAAACACAGAUAUGUCAUGUACAGUCAAUUUGCCUAGACAGUCCAGUGUCGACCAGUUCAGUGCAGAUUAGACCAAUUUAGAGCAGUUCAGUCCAAAUCAAUCAGACCAUUUCAGUCUAGACAUGGUCAAAUCAGCCUGGUUUAGACCAGUUGAGCCCAGAUGGGCUCCUCACAGCCUGCAGCCGUGCCUCAUGAUGGCCGUCACACUGAAGCUGUGUUUAAGUUAUGCUCACCAACCGGUAGAGCGCAGUGAGGAGGCUCUAUCCCUUUAGCAGGUGUUGUCAUGUAGCCACCAUGUUUGCAGUGUGUUUUACAUGAUCACGUGUGUGUGUGUGUGUAAUAUUGUUAAAUAUGAUUAUCAUGAUAUUUAUAACCUGUUAAGCUGUAAGGGUUCUUGUGUUUGGACCCAGAAGUGACCCCACCUCGUGUCAUCCUGAUGAGAAGAAACAAUACUAUUGACUGUGAGUUCAUAUGAUUUUAUUUUUGAAGUGAAUUUGUAAAUGAUAGAGUUAGAGCUAAAUAUACCUUUGUUGAGUAUGAGCUUAUUUUUAUGCUGUGUACCAUGGACUAAUUACGUAAACUUGUUGUCUUACGGUUUACUCCAUAUGGAGAAGCACAAAGUGAUUGUACAAAAUAUUAUGGAUGUUUGUAUAUUCUAGAUGAAUCUUAGUAUAAUAAAAAUCACAAUCUUUCAUCAGAA